AAGCAGACAGCUGACUUCUCUGUUAACUUCAAUGGACUCUGUGACGAUGGCUCACCAUCAUGACAAGCUUGAGUGGAGUGAGACAAAGGACGCCACUGAGGAAACUCAGAGGAUUUGUGAUCAGGUGAAGGGCCAAGUGGAGAAACAGACAGGCAAGAACUAUGGGGAAUUCAAAGCAGUUAAAUACCGUGAGAAUGUGGGAAAGGAACUCUUCCUCAUCAAGGUCCAUGUUGGAGGAGCAGACUAUAUUCAUCUGAGAGUCAUCCAGUUCAUUUGGCUUCUCCGCUGUGUGCCGCAGGAAGUGGACAUACUGAGCGGUGUCGAGCAGCACAAGACCAAAGACGACCCCCUCGUGCCUUUUAAAAUCUGAUCACACAACCUGUUUCAACAGUUAAACACUUACAGGCUGCAGUCUCAUGUUAAAAUGCUCUGCUUCUUUAUUCUGAAAUGAUUUGACUUUGGUUUUGAAUGUAUUGACACACAGAGAGAAAGAUAAUAGAUG